AUGAUUCAGACCGAAAUUCGAGUAUUAAGAUGCUUAUAUAUUAAUGGCAAGUCAAGAUACUCUACUUCUUCUGCUAAUGUAUAUUCGGAUAAAAUUUAUAAGCUGGUAAUUGAUCAGGGUUACAAAGGGCUUGCGAGACACACUAUUCCUGAAAAUUACGGAUCAAAUCAAAUAAUGGCCAGCAAGAAUGACGAACAAUUGAGUCAAUUGAUAGCCAAUUUCAAGAGCCCGAUAAAAUUUUCGAUUGGGUAUGGGUCUGGUGUGUUUGAACAAACGGGUUAUAAAAAAUCCAAGAAACCGCAGAUUGAUAUGAUCCACAUGGUGGAUAAACCGGCAGAUUUUCACGAGCAGAAUUUGGAACAGUUUUCGGGCCACUAUUCAGGAAUACGAAUGUUUGGACCUGCCAUUAUACUGAAGAUUCAAGAAUACGGAGCAGGGGUUUACUUUAAUCCGUAUAUAACGAUGAAUACCGAGUCAAAGAAGAAUAAUAUAAUCAAGUAUGGGAUAAUAUCUGUUGAAAAAAGUUUGAUUGAUUUGAGCGAAUGGUCCUCACUAUACAUAGCAGGAAGACUACAGAAGCCUGUCAAAUAUUUGAAGGAUGCUGACCCAGCAAUAAAAUUCAUCAAUCAGUACAAUUUGAAAAACGCCAUGUCGGUAGGAUUAUUUUUACUUAAACCGUCUGAGUUUACCGAAAUACAGUUAUACGAAACGAUAGCCAAAAUAUCGUACAUGGGAGACCCCCGGAUGCUAAUUGGCGGUGAAAACCCAAAUAAGGCUAGAAACAUUGUUGGUAAACAAUUUGAGAAUUUUCAGAAGCUUUACAACCCAUUAUUGAACUUUUUCAUUGAAAAUAAUAUUUUGGUCGAACUUCAACCUGAUGGUUCCAAAAGACGGUUUAAGAAGAACUUAGACAACGACAAAACUUCCAAAAUAAUCGGAAGCUUGCCGUUGCAGUUUAGACGAAAAUUAUAUAAGCGUUAUACGUCAAAAUUUGCCGAAGAAUUAUCGCAGGAUCUGCAAGCUGAAGCCGUCAUCAACGGACUCCACAUAAACACAAAUGGCGAAAUAGGUCCCUUUACAAAAGCCAUUGCCAUGGACCCCCAAUUACGGAAGAAUCUCGUGAACAGCAUCAAGCUCACAGUUACAUUCCCGGCUCUCAUACAAACGAUCAAAGGCAUAUUUAGUGCUGGGAUUAUUAAGUCAAUUAACUAUGCGUGGGAAAAGCGCACAAAGUACCGUCAUGGUUAG